AUGGAGGAUUUCUCUGGCCUGGAUUUGCCUCCACUGUUUGGGGGACACAUCCUGGAGGCAGAACUGGAGCCGGGCGAGGUGGAGCUGAGCUCAGGGGACAAAGAGCUGCUGGAGAGCACAGCACAAGAAGAUGAAGAGAGAAGGGCUCUAGAUAAAAGGAAAUGCAUUGCCCUCAGCCGGCGAUGUAAAGAAAUCGAACAGGUAAAUCAGAAGAUUCUUGGACGCCUUCAUCAAGUCCAAAGAAUUGCACGCAGAAUGAAGAAAGAAAGACGUUUCCUCAUGAAGACUCUUGAUGCUCAUGGAGACGAUUACAGAAAAGCCCAGCUCACCAUUCUGCUCGAGGAUGAGUCCGGUCUAAAUCUGGACCAGAAUGCUCUUGAAGAGGAGGACAAGCUGAACGGCUCUGUUCAAAACAGCACGGGACAAAAGAAGAGGAGACAUCGUGUCCCAAAGCAAGAAAAGAAUAAAGAACAGGUGGAAGCAGACAUGUCAGCGUUGGCUGAGACCCAGUUUGAAGAUACCACCAGUCCUCCGUCUUUGUCACACUGCUACAACACUGACUAA